AUGUUCGAUCUACCCAAUGCAAAACGGGUCCGCCGCAAUGAGGUAGCUUCGCCGGAUUCCUCUCGUGAACCAUCUCCAGUCGACGAAUCCGACCUGCAAGAUGCGCAUGCCCGACUGCGCAAGCUUCUAGACCUAGAUGGCAUCAUUGGAUCCAUUGCCAGUGAAGGAGAGGACAACGAACAGGAAAAGAAACCUCGGGUCACUGGGGAGGAGGAGGAGGAGGAACAGGAGUUCGAGUUCCGCCUAUUCAGCGCCCCCACGAAGCCUAAAGACGUAGGUGCGCAAGAUCAACGAGAACCAGAGGAAGGCCAAGGAGCCAAAACAGAAGAGAAGUCCUCAGGUUUCGAUAAAAAGGAGAAUGUAGGAACACAAAAGCUUCGCAUUCGAUUGCGCUCUCCAACGCCCUCCGGUGACCCUUCAGAGGGCCGAUUCGUCAAGGCAUCCCGUGGAUGGCAGUACUACUUUGCCACGCCGUCUCUUCUAGGACUCAAUGAAAGCACUGAAUAUAUUCAAAGGCAAGCGGAGCUACGACGCCAGUACGAGGAAAUCGCAGUGACAGGAGAAAACAUUACUACCUGGGCCGAGGCUCAGCCCUGGCCUGGAUGUAAUCUUGCAUGGCGGAUCAUUCAUCUCAAACGUCAUCAAACAAAGCUACCGCCAGCCUCACAGGACAUGCCCAUCUACAUCGUCCAGGGCGAACUAGCGUCCAAAUCACCGACUACGCGCAAAAAGCCCGGGAAGAAGCGCCGCAUUCAGUUGCGUAAAAAGGUUGCCAUUGCUCAAGCAGCAAAAGAGUCGGAAGCCGAGAAGCGUAACCGGAAGAAUCGGGAGCGGAAGAUUAAACGCCGACAGAAAGCCCGCGAGCAGAAGGCUGCAGCGGCUAAAACAGGUGAAAACGUUGAUGUUACAAUGGCAGAUGGAGAUGACGGGUCUCUAGACGACAAUGAGUAG